ACAGAAGAGGACCACAGGAUACUCAACAAAACAGACAUGAGCCUCCAGGUUUGUCACUGCGGCUGGUCCAAAGUAACAACCUACCACGGCCUGAUAACCCACCAGGGGAAGAUGGGAUGCACAUCGAGGGGUGUGAAGGUGGAAGAGAGUGAACAGCAGUACAUGUGGGGACAUAUUGAACUCACAAACAAUCAAAAGGACUUUGAGCUGGAUCUCUACACUUCUAUCGAGACUGACUACUAUUCAGACAAGAGCCUCCAGAUUUGUCAAUGCGGCUGGUCCAAAGUUACGACUUACCAGGGCCUGAGAACCCACCAAGGCAUGAUGGGAUGCACGCCAAAGGGUGUGAAGGUUGAAGCGAAUGAACAGCAGUACAUGUGGGGUCAUGUGGGACUCACAGACAAUCAAAAAGACUUCAGGCUGGAUGUCGACACUUCUAUCAAGACUGACACAACAGACUACUAUUCAGGCAUGAGCCUCCAGGUUUGUCACUGUGGCUGGUCCAAAGUUACGACUUACCAAGGCCUGAGAAUCCACCAGGGGAAGAUGGGAUGCACGCCGAAGAAAACGAGGAGCCCAAAGACAGAGGAGUGCGACUGGAACAAUCAGGGGGAAGAAGUGGGUCAAAGGAAACAUCAGCCAGCUAAGAGAACAACUGUCAAGAAGGAGAAUGCGCCGUUGCGGCCAAGCACCAACAGCCGUACCAUCUCUGCAGAAAAAACGAUCAAGGUGGAAAACAAAUCAUCUUUUGCAACUCCACAACACUCUUCCCAAAGAGCCACACACCCAAAGGCAGGCCAUCAGCUGCAGGGUUCCUCCACCCAUCCACAGAGAACAGAUAGUAGAGCCAUGACAGGAUAUUGGAGCCAUACUGACUCUGCAACAGCAGCCGCAUUUAAGGAGGAGCCCAAAACACCGACUCUACCACGCUCUUCCCAAAGAGCCACAAACUCAAUGGCAGGCCAUCAGAUGCAGGAUUCCUCCACCCAUCCACAAGUGAAUGGAUCAGACAGGGAGCAUCCAACACCAACUUACCCGGUGACAGUGGUCAGACCUAAGAAGAAAGACAGGAAGGACCAAACAUUAUCACAGAAAUCAGACCAUAGAGAGAUGGCAGGGAAUUGGAGCAUCAACAGUUGUACUGACUCUGCACCAGCAGCCACAAUCAAGGAGGAGCCCAAGUCACCUUUAGCAAUUCCACAGCAGUCUUUCCAUACAGCCUCAAACUCAAAGCUGCAGGAUUUCUCCACUGGUGUGCAGGUCAAUAGAUCGGUCGGGGAGCGUCCAACUGUCCCCCGGAUAACAGUAGUCCCACCUAAGGAGAGAGAUCACACAUUAUCACAGGUGAAGAGUUUGGUCAGAGAGCGUCCAACCACCACAGACCCAGCAACAGUAGUCCGACCUAAAGGGAGAGGAUCCAACAUUGGCACAGCUUUUACAACUCCACAACGGUCUUUCCAAACAGGGACAAACUCAAAAGCAGGCCAUCAGCUGCAGGAUUUCUCCACUGGUGUGCAGCUGAAUAGAUCAGUAGGGGAGUGUCCAAGAUCUUCACCUCUGGCCACAGUAGGGCAGCCUAAGGAGAAGGACAGGAAGGAUCACUCACUGUCACAGGCAAGGCAAGAGGGAUUUCAAUCUGAAUUACAGUGGAAAAUUCAGAUGAAAAAAGAAAAUAAUUGUGAAAUCCGCCCAGCAGAGAGAGCCUGCGAGAGUGCCCCAGAUUCAAAAUGUUCCAACAUCCAACCGAUUUCUGCAGCAGCGGAGGCCACGAAAAAGAAGGACCCCGAAUCAUUGUGUGAGACUGCACAGCCUGAUUUCUCCACUGGCAUGAAGUUGAAGGAACUGGCCCGGAUGUUUUCAGUCACCACAACCCAGGAAACAGCAGUCCGACCAAAGAAGAAACACAGAGAGGAACAGAAACUGUCACAGGUGAAGCUAUUAGCUCAGAAGCUUUCAGCAGCCACCACAGCCCAGAUAACAGAAGUCCAGCCAAAGGAGAAAGAAAGGGAGGAUCCAAAACUACCACAGAAUGUACCAGAUACCAGAAGUGCCACCACCCAAAUGAAUGCUGCAUCAGGAGAAGCCACAACUGAGGAUCCUAAAAUAGAUUCAUCCACUGGCACAAAGCUUGCAUUGAGUGUGAAGGAACUGGCCCGGAUGUUUUCAGCUACAAGUGAGGAAACAGCAGUCCAACUAAAGGGGAAACACAGAGAGGAAAAACUGUCACAGGUUAGACCCUCUGUAAAACACGUCACUGAGGUGAAUCUAUUUGCUCAGAAGCUUUCAGCUACCACAGCCCAGGAGACAGCAGGCCACCCAAAGGAGAAAGACAUGGAGGUCCAAAAUCUACCACAGGUAAGGCCAGACAGAAAUGCAGCUGACACAGCUGUAAAGGACAAAAUCCAGACGAGAGAACAAAAGGUGGCUCAAGGCAGAUCAUCUGUAAAAGCCCGUAAGGGCAGCUCAGAAGCUAAGCGGCUGGAGAUCACAAGUGUCUUCUCAGAAGUGGUGAGAGUUGCAGAGAAUGCUAAGCAGAAGUCCCUUGACCUUUCAUUGUCCACUCUGAGAACUACAACAUCAACCAUGAUGGAACAAAUUCAACAGAAUCUGGAUAAACUCUCCGCUAUUGAACUUAAAUGGAUUUCUAAGUUUGCAGUGGAUGUAAAGCUGGAUCCAACCACCACACACAGAUGCCUUGUUUCUGUUGAUGGGAAGAAAGUGAGUAGCGGAGGAGAGAACCAGGAUGCUCCGGGGAGCUUUGGCAGCGUCCUGGGCCUCAACAGGUUGACCUCUGGGAAGUCGUACUGGGAGGUUGUUGUCAGCAACAAGACCGGAUGGAAUCUGGGCGUGGCGAGAGGCGGUGCAAACCGAGAGGGGAAACUCGCACUGAAACCAGACAACGGUUACUGGGUCGCCGAACAUUAUGAAAACAAGUACGCAGCCCUGACAGCUACACCAGUUUGUCUUUCCCUGAAAGAGAAACCACAAAAGGUGGGAGUGUUUGUGGAUUACGAGGAAAGUCUCGUGUCCUUCUACGAUGUGACGGCUCAGUCUCACAUCUACUCCUUUACUGAGUGUUGGUUCACUGGAGAGAUCUACCCCUAUUUCAGUUUGCACCUUAAAGGAGACGGUCAAAGUGCUAACUCUCUGAUUAUCUCAACUGUAAAACACCAGUAAUUAUGUAUGUUAUUAAAGGGUGGGUGUGUGUGUGUGUGUGUGUGUGUGUGUGUGUGUGCAACAUCCUUUUGCAGCCUUUUACUUUUUUCAUUGCCAAUGUUAGUGUUUUAUUUUAUGGUUGAUGUUAGCAUUUUUAAAGAUGAUGAUGUUAAAGCUUUAUUGACAGACACGAGAGACAGAUGAAAAGCCAAAAUCGAAGCAGCAGCGUACCAGUUAUCCUGUCUUAACCAUGGAUGUAUUAUAAGAACUGGAACCAGUGUUUAAGGCGAGCUCUGUGCACUAGAGACCUCCGCCUUCUUCGGUACUUCAGGUUUAGCGCUCCACUCACUUGAAUGGGGAUUAAAUUAUUUAAUCGUGCGGCUGAAUCAAUUGGCUUUAAAGUCCAGCACCCUUUCUGGUGGCCUAGUCUUUACAAGCUCCAAAAGACUGGAUCCUACAUUUCCUAUAAUGCAACUGGCUAAG